AUAUAUGACACAAAUCUACGAAAAACUCACCCAAUAAAAAUCAUCAACAACUCAUUCAUCGAUCUCCCAAGUCCCUCUAAUAUCUCUGCAUGAUGAAACUUCGGAUCACUACUAGGCACCUGCCUAAUCCUACAAAUCACUACCGGAAUCUUCCUAGCAAUACACUACUCACCAGACAUCUCACUAGCAUUCUCAUCAGUAGCCCAUAUCACCCGAGACGUACAAUACGGAUGACUUAUCCGCAAUAUACAUGCCAACGGGGCCUCCAUCUUCUUCAUAUGCAUUUACCUCCACAUUGGCCGAGGACUUUACUAUGGCUCAUACUUAUACAAAGAAACCUGAAACACAGGAAUCAUCCUACUAUUCCUAACUAUAGCCACUGCAUUCGUAGGUUAUGUCCUACCAUGAGGUCAAAUAUCAUUCUGGGGCGCCACUGUCAUCACCAACCUACUAUCGGCCACCCCUUACAUUGGCAAUACCCUUGUACAAUGAAUUUGAGGGGGGUUCUCAGUAGACAAUGCCACCCUAACCCGAUUCUUCACCUUUCACUUUCUACUCCCCUUUGCUAUUGCCGGUUUAGCAGCUGUACAUUUACUCUUCCUCCACGAAACCGGAUCAAACAAUCCAACAGGAUUAAACUCAAACGCCGACAAAAUCCCUUUCCACCCCUACUUCUCAUACAAAGACUUACUAGGCCUCAUCUUAAUACUUACUCUCUUACUUAUCCUAGCAUUGUUCUUCCCAAACCUCCUAGGUGACCCGGACAACUUCACACCAGCUAAUCCAUUAUCCACUCCCCCCCACAUUAAACCAGAAUGAUACUUCCUCUUCGCCUACGCAAUCCUCCGAUCUAUCCCAAACAAACUAGGAGGCGUACUUGCCCUCAUAGCAUCUAUCCUUGUACUAUUUAUAAUGCCAAUCUUACAUACAUCAAAACAGCGUACAGCUUCAUUCCGACCCCUCACCCAAACCUUAUUCUGAUGUCUAACAGCUGAUCUCCUGGUACUCACAUGAAUCGGAGGACAACCAGUCGAAAAUCCAUUUAUUACCAUCGGCCAAGCAGCCUCCAUCCUAUACUUCAUAAUCCUCCUAACACUUAUCCCCCUCAUCGGACUAAUUGAAAACAAAAUACUAAACCAAUAA